AUGGCUUCAUCAGUAUCUGGUCCAAUUGCCUUACCUGAAUCUCGUUACGAUCUGAGUACCUAUUGGGGUAGAGUUCGUCAUUGUGUUGAGAUUGUUGAUCCAACGAUGCUGUUGACAACUCAAAAUGAUCUAACAAAGGCCCGCGAAAUUGUUAGCUCUUAUCGUCAUGGUAUAUUAAAGGAAACGACGCCAGAGUUUUGGCACGCUAAGAAACAGCUCGACUCAACGGUUCAUCCAGAUACAGGAGAGACUGUUCUUUUACCAUUCCGUAUGUCAUGCAAUGUUUUGUCAAACUUGGUUGUUACCGCCGGUAUGUUAACUCCAAAUUUGGGUACUGCUGGAACAUUAUUUUGGCAAUGGGCCAAUCAAUCAUUGAAUGUUGCCGUAAAUUCAGCGAAUGCGAAUAAAUCACAUCCAAUGUCCACUAAACAAUUGAUUACAAACUAUGCAGUGGCUGUCAGUGCUUCUUGUGGUGUCGCAGUUGGUUUAAACAAACUCGUUCCAAGAUUGAGAAAUGUUAGCCCUAAUACGAGAUUGAUUCUUGGCCGUUUGGUUCCAUUUGCAGCAGUUGUAACUGCCGGUAUUGUAAACGUUUUCUUAAUGAGAGGUAAUGAAAUCAGGAAAGGCAUUUCAGUUUAUGAUCCUAAUGGUGAUGAGGUUGGUAAGUCAAAGAAGGCAGCCGUAAUUGCAGUUGGUGAAACAGCUUUAAGUAGAGUUAUUAAUGCCACUCCUGUUAUGGUUAUUCCACCAUUGAUUUUAGUUCGCUUGCAACGUACUAUCUUAAAGGGUAAAUCAUUUGGUGUCCAGACAUUAGCCAGUCUAGCCGUCAUUGCAGCAACAGCGUUCACAGCUCUACCGUUUGCAUUAGCACUCUUCCCUCAAAGACAAGGUAUUCAUUUGGCCAAACUGGAAUCUAGCAUUCAAGAUAAAGUGGAUAAAAACGGCAAAAAAAUCGAAAUGGUUUAUUUCAACAGAGGUAUGUAA